GUGAUAAAAGUGAAGAGAGGAAGGAGUGAGCCUAUCUCUCUCUCUCUCUCUCUCUCUCUCUCUAGUGGAGGAGUUUUUCCGUCAAAGUUUCCUCCAUUUCUCCACGUUUUUCCUCCAAUAUGGCGACCUCUCCGGGCGCCACUAUGAUCGUGACUGUGGCCGUGACCUUGCUGGCAGUGUACGGGGUGACAGCCGGGCCUCUUAACAGCGUGCACGGGGACCUCUGCAAGAAGAUGAACGGGCGGAGAUACUAUUUAGAAGCCAACACGAAGGCCACACUCACAGCUGUUAACGUGACACUGCCCAGGUACCCAAGACUGGUGGACACUGAGAAGGUGAAAGUCGCGUCUCUGCCCUUUCAUCGCCUCCCUCUGCAGCAUCGACGUACAGAGAGAGACAGCCAAAUGUCCACCACCACCACCACCACCACCACCUCCGCCUCGGCCCCAGCCCCUGACCCACUGCUGUCUGAGUCCACCCCUCCGUCCAGCCCCAUGCACCACCCACACCUGGAGGAGGAGGAGGAGGGGGAGGGGGCAGGUGUGGCGCCCUCCAUGAGUGAGCCGUUCAGGUGUGGAGCCGAAUUCUUCACCUGUCCGGAAUGUCACCUGGAGUUCAAAUUUGGCACUGUGAAUUUGCCCUCCUGCUCCCACGACCACUCCUGCAGAUGUGAUUACGUGAGAAUUCGAGAGCCCCCAUACACGGGCGGUGGCGGUGGGCGUGACGUGUGCUCUACAGGCGGCCCCUUCCCCCCCUCCUUCGCCACCCAGACCAGGGAGGUCAUUGUGGACUUCCUCUACGCUACAAGACACGCCCACGCCUUCUCCAUCACCGUGACAGCCAGACGCAACAAGUAUCGCAUCACGGAGGAGGUGAACAAGACGAGAGGCUAUAUAAGCUCCCCGUUCUUUCCUGAGCUCUACCCAAAGGAACACUGGAUGGAGUAUCGACUGGAGGCACAACACCCAGACGGAAGAAUUAAAGUUAAUUUCCUCGAUUUCUUACUCUCUCCGUGGAGUUUCGUGGAGGUGGAGGACACGAACAAGACACGGGUGGGGGUGUUCAGUGGCGCUUUGUUCAGACCUCCCAUCUUGGUGUCCUCCGGCCCUCACCUCACUGUUCGCUUCAACGGCAAUGGAGAGACAGCAAGAGGCUUCAAUUUGCAGUACUCCUUCGUCAGCGCUGGCUCGCCCGAAAGCAAGCCAGCCGUUACAGACUGUGGGGGCAUCGUAACAAACUUCGGCGGAACGAUAACAAUGAUGAACAUGGCGAGAGGCGAGAGGAACUUCACCGUUUACGAUUGCGUGUGGAUAUUUCAGCCUCCUCGGAACUACGCCUUCAAAUCUCACAUGUCCAUCCGCCUGGUGCAGUUUGAGGAUGUGGUGGCGGGGUCGCAGCUGGAGAUCCGUCAGGGCCUCACCAGCCGGGACUACCUGAUGGAGACGGUGGUGGCUGGAAAAGGGAAGGCGCCGAAGGGGAAUGACCACGGAUCGGCGGCUGACACUGGCUUCUACGUCAGACUGCGGGGCGCCUUCACUCAAAAGUCCAAGCUUGCUAUUGUCUAUUCCGCCUACAGUUACAUUGGAACUUGCUACCCCGUCACGGAUUUCCUCUGUCAGAAUCAUCGCUGUAUUCCGAAGAUGUUGGGCUGUGACGGCUUUGACCACUGCGGUGACGGUAGCGAUGAACCUUCCUCUUGCUACUUGGGGCCCGGGAACAAGAGCCUCACCCCGCAGGACGCAGCUUGGUGGUAUCAGAACACGCCAAACUACUAUUUCCCUCAGAAGAAUAAUUUAAUGUCUGGAGGACCGCAUGGAUGGUCCACUCUCAUCUCAUUCCUAGCUAUGAUUACUGUUAUCCUGAUAAUGUUCGCCCUUCUAUCUAACACGUUUCGAGUGAGGAUGCAUUCAAACAACAGCGGACACAGGGAAAGGAGGAGUGGUGAGAGGAACAGCCGGGAAGCCUCCCUCUCUGACGGCGUGGAGAUCUUCGACGCCUCGGCAGACGAUCCGCCUUUGUACGAGCCGCCGCCUGACUACGAGGAGGUGGUCAAACUCAUCCUGUCUGGCAACAACCUCAAGCUGGUGCGGCGGCCGGGCGGCGUGACUGCGUGGGUGCCUGACAAGGGUGACGAGGGCGGCAGCAGUGGCAACACCCAGACGUGGACUCCCGACGGCCGCCCCACACGCACCCGCCACGCUUCCCUGGACCUGGAGCGUGGCGUGGAGGUGGUGCUGUGGGACGCAAACGGCUUCCCCCGGCUCCCCAGACGCGGGCCUUCUGACGCAGCCACUGCCGCCACUGUAGCCACCAACGCCACCGCUGCCACCACCACCACCACCACCGCCGCCACCAACCGCCCCCGUCCCAUGACCGCCACCCUGCCUGGCCACAUACGCCGCUCCUCCCUGCCUGCGCCGCCACAGCCGGAGGUGAUUCGCGCCCAUGUGCAGGGCCACGGCGUGAGCAUGGCCCCGGAGACCAUCACGGAGGCACCGGAGGGCCUGGACUCCCCAGCAGGUCCGCUGCGCACGCCUCGCCGCGCGGCAAUGCGCGCAAUACAGCCAGCCCUCAGCUCCCCCUCCCUCUCCAUGCGCUCCUUCCAAUACGAUUCCUCGGCGCCCUCCACGCCCCGGCCCACGCCUCGCGGCGGCGCUCGUGCCCCACGUGACGCUGCUGAGCGCGCCAGCCGCAUGGCUAAGCGCGGCCGCCGCCGCAAGAAGACUUCCACGCUCCGGGAGACACGCCCUGCGAGGAGCGACGAGGCGGCGCCGCCCUCCUACGAAGGCGGCCAUGGAGGCCAGCCGUGCCUCCACGCCCGCCCUCUCUCCCCCGCCCCUGUGGCCGGCCCCUCAAGCGCCCCUGCCCUGGCCCCGGCCCCCUCCAGCCUGGUGAGCGAGAGCACACAGACCAGCCUGGACCAGGAGGACGUGGCGCCCACGGAGCGCCUGCGCGCGGCACGCAAUAUGUUCCAGCGCAUGUCGCGGGAGGCUGACGCCCACGUGCACACUGAUACUCCCGCCCCCCGUCCUGUCUCGGCACCCGCCCACUCCCGUGCCCCAGCCACCGCCCAGGCCUCCACGACCACAGCCACCCCCUCACCCGCUCCUCGCCCCUCCGUGCGCGCCCCCGCCCGCCGCAGCCUGCCGCCCCACCAUGGCGGGACCAUCUCCCGCGGCACCGUCAAGGCGCGCACCGCCAUGUUGCUGCGCUCCCGCGUCACCGCAAACGGCGAGUGUGAGUGUAGUGGCGCCUGCUCCUGCGGCCACGCCCGCGCCAGCAGCUCGCGGCGCGGCGGCGCAGUGCGCUCCCGCGUCAACUAUUACCUGGCGGUGCAAGAGGCGGCCGUCCCCGAGGGGCCGCCGCCCCAUCUGCCCCCCGACGCCGCCGCCAAGAAGCGCCGCAUCGCCAGGCCGCGCUCCUUGCCUGCACACGCGCCGCGCCCGGCCCCGCCUGCGCCCCGUCCCGUACCCAGCCCCGUGUCUCCCGUGCAGCAGACUGCCGCGUCCCCCAUGGAGGAGGACCACGAGCGGCCCCUGCUGCCCCUGGCCAGCCCCGAGGAGGCCCCUGAUGGCGUGCUGCCCUGCAUCAAGGACAGAGUGCUGCUGUACGACGAUCUCACCCGCACCGCCGCCGCCCCCUUCUCCGCUGCCUCCCACAGCCCUAAAGCAUCCCCCAGCACCGUGUUCCCCGGCCACAGGUCACCAAGUCCCAAGUGUCCCAGCCCGAGGUCCCCCAGCCCCCGCACGCCCAGCCCCGCCCUGCUGGACAGCCCGGUGCGGCCUGGCCUGGUGCGCGACACCAAGAACCUGAUCCUGUCAGCGUUGCGGCAGGACGCGCCGCCCCGCCAGGACAGGGAACCGCGCGUGCCCUACCUCAGGCUGCGCAGCGAGGACGCCGCCACACCCGAGGGGGAGGCACCCCUCUCCCCGCCCCCUCUCAGGGAGGACCAGGCACAGAGCAUCGAGAUGUGGGACGCCUGCUGGCAGGGGGGCGAGAAACCUCCCGCCCCAGAUAGGCAGGCGCCCCUGCCGCAGCCACGUGCCCGUGACACCCUCAGGUUGGAGCUGAACAAGUUCAAGCCUGCGGCGCCCCAGGGGGAGUGCAGCGCGGCCUCCCCGGAAGGCGGAAAGGCGCAGCGGGAUGAGACACCAGCGAGGGAGGAGCCGGUGAAGGAGGAGGCGAUGGAGGUACAGCAGCAGCAGCAGCAGCAGCAGCAGACAGGGAGGAGGUGAAGGAGGAGAAGCACACUGAGAGGAAG